UACUACUGAGUUUACUGAGAAUACUCCGAAGACAAACCAACCUUGCAGACACCCCGCGCGCUUCCACAGUCGAAGAGAGAAGCGAAGGAAGGUGUCGUCUCAUACUUUGACCUCUUUUUGGUGCUUCCGUCCUCGUGCCCAUUUGCUUGGGAUCUCCAACUGUGUUCUACCGGUCUAGGGUUUCUCUUUUUAGGGUUUCGUUCUCUCCGUUGAGUCACCAGGGUUCGGAAUACUCUGGAAAGCUGGAUAGACACAGGGGAGAACGAUCUGGUAAUAAUCCAGAUACACACUACCACAGGAAUUCGAGAAUGCCUUCUCGGUCGUCUGAUAGUCCUAUGAAUCAUCACCACAGAAACCCCAAUUUCAGGAGUGGUUUCUCCGGGGGUAAUCAGCCCAAUUACCACCACCAUCCUUACAACAGUCCCCCUAAUUAUCCGCCUGGCGGUGGUGGAUUCCGUUCAAUGGGGGGUGGCGGAGGCGGCGGCUUUGGUUCGAUGCCUCACGCCGGGCAGAAACGUGGGUUUCCUUCUUCUGGUCGUGGAGGCUCUCCAGAUAAUACUGAUGCUGGUUUUGCUAAACUUUUCGUUGGAUCUGUUCCGAGGACAGCUACCGAAGAAGAUAUUCGCCCCCUAUUUGAAGAGCAUGGAAAUCUCAUUGAGGUUGCUUUGAUCAAGGACAGGAGAACUGGCCAGCAACAAGGAUGUUGUUUCAUAAAAUAUGCAACUUCAGAGGAAGCAGACAGGGCCAUUAGAGCUUUGCACAAUCAAUAUACUUUGCCUGGGGGAGUUGGUCCCAUUCAAGUUAGAUAUGCUGAUGGUGAACGUGAACGUCUUGGUGCAGCUGAGUACAAGUUGUUUGUUGGUUCCAUGAACAGACAAGCCACAGAAAGGGAAGUUGAGGAAAUCUUUUCGCCUUAUGGUCGUGUGGAAGAUGUCUACAUUAUGCGUGAUGAAAAGAAACAAAGUCGUGGGUGUGGAUUCGUGAAAUUUUCUCAUAGAGAUAUGGCGGCAGCUGCUAUGAGUGGUCUGAAUGGAAUCUAUGUGAUGAGAGGUUGUGAUCAGCCAUUGACUGUUCGUUUUGCUGACCCAAAGAGGCCUAGGGCUGGAGAAUCAAGGACUGGUCCUACAUUUGGGGGGCCUGGUUUUGGCCCCCGGUCUCAGGGUUCGUUGGGAGUUAGGCCUGGACCCAAUUUUGGUGAGGUAAUGGGUGGGCGUAUCCCUUCUGAUGCUUGGCAUCCGAUGAGUCCACGGAACUUGGGACCAUCUUCUCAAACUAGUCCUCAUGGUUUCGGGAGUCCUUCAGUUGCUAGGGGUGGUUUUAUGCCAAUGCCUUCUACCACGGCUGGCCCGGGAAACUUUGGUGGUCCUGCAAAUGGUUCUCUUUCCAGUUUUUCAGUUCUGCCACCUUCAACUUCUUCUCAACAGAGUUUUAACCCAUCUAUGUCACAAGUCCAAUCUGUUAGUCAACAAAUAUCUCCGUUACAGAAGCCGCUUCAGUCACCCCAUCAUUUGCCAUCUUCACUCCAGCUGCACCCUCAGCAAACUUCUGCAUCUUACUCAUGGGCACAAAGUUCUUUGGCAUCAAUACAGCCGCUUGGUCAGCCUCAAGCUGUUCAUUCAUCUGGGCAGACCUCCUUCAGUCAAGCUCUGCCAUCGCAACAGUUGUUUGGUCCGAGUGGUCAGCUGCCAAUUUCCCAACCUCAGGUUCAGCUGAGUACCUCCUCUGCUGUAGCCCAACAGAUGCCUUUGAACAUACAACCGCAAGCUGUGUCUGCUGGGGCAAACCAACAACUACCGUCUGCCCCCAAUGUGCAGCAACAAAUGGUUCAACCUCAACAUCAGGCAUCAACUCAGUUAGCUCAGAUGUUGUCUCAACAGAAUCAAGUGCUACAGGCAAGUUUUCAAUCAUCACAGCAAGCAUUCUCUCAGCUGCAACAGCAGUUGCAUACAAUCCAACCUUCAAGUCAAAAUUUAACUCAGCAGCAAGCUUCCCAGGCUUCUAAACAACAGCCUUCAUGGACUGGAAUCAUGCCACAGACAACUGCCGGUGCUCCUGCAACUGCAGUUGCACCAUCAACCACAUCUAAUUCUCCUUUGGUUCCUGCAAGUGUGCAGACAGCAGCUCCGCUGACUUGUAACUGGACAGAGCAUACCUCACCUGAAGGAUACAAGUACUAUUAUAACAGUGUGACAGGUGAAAGCAAGUGGGAGAAGCCAGAAGAGUUCACCUUGUUUGAACAACAGCAACAUCAACAGAAACAGCAGCAUAAGCCUUCUGUUCAACAGCUUCAUCCACAGCCACAAACUCAGUCACAUGCACAGGUUCUUUCUGCACAACCAGUUGUGCAAACACCACAGAUGCAACUCCAGACACAGUAUCAGGCUAUGGGUAUGGCUGGUCAACAAAAUGUUCAGGAACGUGGUUAUACACAAUUGCAGGCAGCACCUAGUUCAGUUAAUGAUCCUGCUCGCUUCCAACAGAUUUCCUCCAAAUUUUCAAGGGGCUUCAGGCUGCUCAGGACUGGAUGUGGAAGAACAAGCCUGCAGGUGCUUGAAAGUGGGAGGGUGAGAUCCAGGAUACAUGCUGGCCAACAAGAACAGCCCAAAACGCUGGUGGAGCCGCCUCACAGCAUCAAGUUCGCUUCGUGAUUUGAAGGAUGGAAGGGUAUAUGUGACGGGAAUUGCUUACUUUUCUCGAGUAUUUGCAAUGGAUGGAUUAUUCAUUUUUGUCUACUCGAGUCUCAGGUUUUACCAUAUCACAUAAUUUAUACUUCUAGCCCAAAAAGGAAAUAGGACAAAAGGAAAGAAUGAGCGACA